AUGAGCCAAGAUGACUCUGCUAACCGACCCUCCGGGAGCCAACAAGUCCCUGCUGACAGACCAUCCGAGGGACAACAAGUCCCGCUGGAACAACCAAGAGAUGGUGUCUUCGAUUCACUCCUGCAAGACCUCGAUCAGAUCCUCGCUGAUUACAACCUCCAGAAAUUGUCCAUAUUCGAAGCGUACAAUGCAGUCAAUGCACCGUUGGAGUCAGAGUCAGACCCCCAAUGUGCAGACACCUCGAAGAGGUACGGAGACCAACUCGAGGUCACAGCUUGCUCCCGAACAGAAGCUGGAGUUAGAGGAUCAUGA